AAAACUGUUUACACCAGCAGCACAGCUCCCGCAAAUGCCGUCAGUUGAUACCUGGUGUAUUAUACACCAUGGUUGAUGCCUAGCAGCUGUUUUCGAAAACUUAUCUCACGUUAUGGAUAUGGCGCCAAUAGGACAUCUUUGUGUUACUGCGGCUGUAGUUUUAUGCAAUAAUGUGAAACACAAAAGAAGUGUUAGGUGAGUGAAUGGAUUUUAAGAAGAGAAAAGUAUGGGGCCUACCAUAAAUUGAUUGAUGAGCUGAGAAUCAGAGAAUCAAUCCUAACAAUUUAAAAAUUUUAUUCGUAUGUCAGCGGUAGACCUUGAGGAACUUUUAUUACAAAAUUAGAAGCAGGACACUCUUUACGCGCCACAAUAUAAUAAAACUCGCACGUUUACUCGCCAGAAUAUCGAAAUGAAAUGGAAAGUUUGCGAGAACUCGUUGAGCUGUACUUUUGCCUGUUUAGACUAGCUGUGGAAGUAUUGGUCGAAUAUGACUAUCUAUCAAAGGAGCCUGAUGAACUUACAAUAAAGAAAGGGGAUGUAAUUAAGGAUGUCUUAAAAAAAUCUGGAGGAUGGUGGGAGGGUGUUCUAAAUGAUAAAAGAGGGAUGUUUCCUGAUAAUUUUGUAAGAGUGAUCGAUAAGGAUAGUCAGGUUACUUUGAGGAGUAAGCGUGAUGUGACCAGAAUACGACAGUGCCGUGUUGUGUUUAGCUAUAAGCAGGAAAAUCAGGAUGAACUCAAUUUAAGUAUAGGGGAUGUUAUUACAAUCUUAGGGGAGGAGGAGGAAGGAUGGUGGCGAGGUACACUUAAUGGAAGAGAGGGUGUUUUUCCCUCCAAUUUCGUUGAGGAAAUUAAAUCGAAACCGGGCAGUAAAGAGGAUUUAAGUAAUGUAGACGAAGUUAAAAGUCCAUUACUACCUCCAAAACCUGUUAAGACACUGUGCCAAGUGAAAUAUUCGUACAAAGCUCAAAAUGAUGAUGAGUUAACCUUAAAAGAGGAUGAUAUAAUUACACUUAUAAGUAGCGAUGGUCAAGAUCCCGGUUGGUGGAAAGGCGAGCUACAGGGACGCGUCGGUGUGUUUCCUGAUAAUUUUGUAGUCAUCCUCUCAGACCAAGAUGAUAAGAAAACUAAGUUACCAGAACCAACUGUUUUAAAACAACCCCUGUCGCCACAGAGAAAGUCGUUGGAGGAAAAACUGGAUGCAGAAGUUUCCAAAGUAUCGCCGCCGAUACCAAGCAAGAAACCAUCCAUUCCAAUUAAGAAAUCUCCAUCUAGUUCAAGUUCUCAAGGAGGUCUAUUGGCUGGAUUACGUAAAAAAAUUGUAGAUGUCGUAGAUGGUGCAUCAGGGAGCAAAAGCCAGCCUAUACUACUUACAAAAGCAAGUGAUCUUAAAGUAGAUAAUAAAGUAGAAAUGAUACAAGAAAAUGCAUUCGAUCAAGUGGAAAGAACAUCUUUGCUUUCGGAUGUUCGAGCAACAAGAGUUAAAGCACCAGGACGAAGGCCACCAAGUGUCAUCUUUAAGGAAGCGGAAACGGGAAUAGUAAAUGGAAACAUAGAUCACAUCGCAUUAGAUAGUUUACCAGAACAUCACGCACAUUUUCGCUCAAACGAAACUUCCCACGAACACUUGGAAACCGAAGUUAAACCGAAAGUUCGUGAAUGGGAGAAACAUAAAGCUCCGUGGCUUGAAGAAAUGAAGCUGAAUCAAGCGAAACGAACCUCCACAUCACCGGGACCUGAACAAACAAGAUCAAAGCUAACGCCCACCGCCGAUAAAAGUGUUUCCCCCGAAGUAGAGGAAAUCAAAUCAAGCAAGGUAUCACCAUUUGACAAACCUUCGGGUAGCUCAAUUGAUAUGUCAAAAUCAAUGUCCGCAAUUACCAACAGGUCAAAAACGCCUCCAAACGAAUUAGAAAAGAAUGCUGUAAUUUUAAGAAGUAGACCCGCGCAGUUGUUUCCUCAAAUCACCCAAAGACCACAAACAGUUUCCGAACCUCCCAAGCCAAAAAUUUCACCUUCGUUGCACAAUAAUCAUAACAAACCUAAAGUUUCUGAGGACAAGACUCCAGAUUCUAAACUUGAUGUUCCCGAAAUUCCACCAAAACAAUUCACAGAAUUAUUGCAAAGGAUAGAGAAAUUAGAGACAUUAGUCCAUCAACAAAAUCAAUCUCAUAAACUGGCAAUCGAAGAACUUAAGGGUAAGCUGCAGGUGGAAACGGAUAUGAGGCGAUUACUACAGGCGGAAUUAGAUAAAGUAUCUCAGUGCGUAAUGCAGGUGUGACGCAGUUACUUCGUAUAUAGACGAAAUCUCAAGUUGUUUGUUAUAGUCACCGUAGGUAGCACGUAAGAAAAGCGUUGAACGCUAAUGCUGUUGAUUUGCGGCUGUUGUAAAUAAUUGUUUUCAUCAUCUAUCUAAGCCAACCAUAACGACUGAUGUAAUUCUUUUAGUUGAAAUUGUUUAAUUGGGGGGGGGGGGUCUUUUAUGUGCUCUUUUUUAACGUAUAUAUGGGCUGGUCCUUCAUUUCACAUUUACUACCCUUGCAACUAUUUAUUAAUUUUGGAGAUUCAUAUUAUAAUUUCAAAGUUACGUGAUAUUUUCAACAUACAUUCACUAUUGUGGCAAAAAACAGAAAUUUCCAAAGUUUGUCUUCAGUAUUAUUUUUAGAUUAUUAUAGCUCAAAUCUACUUUAAUUUGUGCAGAUUUUCCAUUUUACCGAAACAUAAAGCCAAACACUUCUCUAAGUUACCAACCAAGUUUAUUGCAUUUAAUUUCAGAUUUCUACCCAAAGUACCUUUUACAAACACUUUUAAUGUUUGCGUAUAAAUGGCAGCGAUUCACAUGGUGUAUGUUAAGUUUGUGUGAUUAAUUUUAAUUAACAUUCCAUUUUGUAAUUGCUCAUUAGUUAAUAAGCACAAUUUUUUAGAAUUGUUUAACUACCUACAACGAAACAUUAAUUUUUAUAUUUAUUUAUUAAAUUUUUUUUAUACAUAUCCAUAUUUAUUAAAUAGUUAUACUAGUAUAACACUAUUGCUUUGAUUGUCAAUUUGGUCAUCAAUUAGAAAUAGGAGCUGAUGAACCAUUCUAAGCAAUUUGUGAUGCAUAUUUUUUACAAUAACUAAAGCUACUAUUUGAUCGUUGUUAGUGAUUAGCAUAUAAAUAAUAUAUUGAAAGUUUUUAUAUAUAUUUUUAACGAAUUUUACUGCAACUGUAUCUAUAAAAACAAUUACAUUAUAAUAUAACAAAUUCUGUAAUCUGUGUAUAAUGUAACAUUCCAUAAAAUUAGCCUGUAUUGUACAUAAAUAAAGUGGGAACUUAAACAUGUUGUACUUAGCAUUUU